AUGAAGAUUAUCCAUGAAGCUGGUUAUUCAGAAGAAGAAUGUAAACAGUACAAAGCUGUUGUCUACAGUAACACCAUUCAGUCCAUUAUUGCUAUCAUUAGAGCAAUGGGGAGGUUGAAGAUAGACUUUGGUGAUCCAACCAGGGCUGAUGAUGCUCGUCAACUCUUUGUGUUAGCUGGAGCAGCAGAAGAAGGAUUUAUGACUGCAGAGCUUGCUGGAGUUAUCAAGAGACUGUGGAAAGACAGUGGAGUUCAAGCUUGUUUCAACAGAUCUAGAGAAUACCAGCUUAAUGACUCUGCUGCCUAUUACUUGAAUGACUUGGACAGGAUAGCACAAACCAGCUACAUUCCAACUCAACAGGAUGUUCUCAGGACUAGAGUGAAAACUACAGGAAUAGUGGAAACUCACUUUACUUUCAAAGAUCUUCAUUUUAAAAUGUUUGAUGUUGGAGGCCAAAGAUCAGAGCGGAAGAAAUGGAUUCAUUGUUUUGAGGGUGUUACAGCAAUUAUUUUUUGUGUGGCAUUAAGUGAUUAUGACUUGGUCUUGGCUGAAGAUGAGGAAAUGAAUCGGAUGCAUGAAAGCAUGAAAUUGUUUGACAGUAUCUGCAACAAUAAAUGGUUCACAGACACUUCUAUUAUUCUCUUCCUGAACAAGAAAGAUCUUUUUGAAGAAAAAAUCAAAAGGAGUCCUCUCACUAUUUGCUACCCUGAAUAUGUAGGAUCAAACACUUACGAAGAAGCAGCUGCUUACAUUCAGUGUCAGUUUGAAGAUCUGAACAAGAGAAAAGACACGAAGGAAAUCUACACUCACUUCACAUGUGCCACAGACACAAAAAAUGUGCAGUUUGUUUUCGAUGCUGUAACUGAUGUCAUUAUUAAAAAUAACCUUAAAGACUGUGGUCUCUUCUGAGAACAGACAAAAGGUUGUUAAAUGGUUUGGAGAACGACUUCGCACAAUUCUAAUCUGAUUCUUUUCAAGGUGAAAGAAAUGCAAAAUACAUUGUGCUGAAUGAUAGAUCAGUACUGUACUUGCCUGUUUUAACAGCUUUAUUUAUGUUUGUCUUGUAAAUUUAAGUAAUUAGUUAACACUGAGAUGUCAGUUGAUUGUAUGUAAACUUAUAAUGUAGUAAUGUAUUUGUAUAAAUGUUGAACG